UCUGGACACAACACGGUCACACACAUAUACACACACACACAUACACACACAUCGUUAUUGCUGCUACUUCUUGUAAAUCCUGUAAAUCAAACAGUCAGAGCUGGAAAUUUUUAUUCGGAUUUAUUGGUUGAACUGGCCGAAUUGGUUGAAUUAAAUGAUAUUUGUGCUUUUAAAAAAAUAAGGCCAGUUAAUUAAAAUGCAGCCUAUAUAAUAGAGUUUUUAAUUCAGAUGUCGUUCAGCAUGUGAGUGAUCUUUGGUGUAAUAAACAGGGCAGAUCUGAACUGCAGCCUCUGACCCGGUGUGCGUGUAACUGUCGCACAGAGGGCCCCGUGUUGCUGCGUACGCAAAUUUCCAGCGGCAGGAAGGGAUUUUUGCGACGCGGGGAAGAUUUCUACACCCGAAAAGAACGGAGGAGUUUAUCAGCACCUGCGUUGUUGGAAUUCGUGUUCGGGCCUUCUGCAGGUUUAACUUUGGACGGGAGACCUCCUGAAUUAACGGAUCAACAUGCCGCGCUCAUUUCUGGUGAAAAAGAAAAGGUGCGCGUCCUUCAAUGUCCACCGAUCAUAUGAGGACGAGCCGCAGGCCCCGAUUCAUUCAGAGAUCCCAGCAGAGGUGCAGAGCCCAGACUCCUCCGACUGGACUCAGUCAGAGGGACAGUCCUCCCCUCUGGACCACUCGUUUAAAAAGGAGGAGGGGGAGCAGGACCGACCCUUACCCGUCCACCCAGAGCCGGCCAGACCCCCAGCGGCUCCCACACAGCCGUACUACCGAAAUGAGUCUCACAUGGCAGGAUUCCCUCCUUACUACAAGCCUCCGUACGCCUGGGAGCCGGUGGCUUCCUCCUACGAGCUCCGUCAGAUGAGCUUCAGCCCCACGGUGCUGCAGCACGCCAGCGACCUGUACGGCAGCCACAUCAGCCGCAGUGGCGCACCGCCUCAGCAGCCUCUGGACUGCAGCACCCACUACUCCCCCACCUCCAACACCUACCACUGUAUCACCUGUGACAAGGUGUUCUCCACGCCCCACGGACUGGAGGUCCACGUCAGGAGGUCCCACAGUGGAACCAGACCUUUUGGCUGCAACAUCUGCAGAAAAACCUUCGGCCACGCCGUCAGUCUGGAGCAGCACAUGAAUGUCCACUCUCAGGAGAAAAGCUUCGAGUGCAAGAUGUGUGGCAAGUCCUUCAAGCGCUCCUCCACUCUCUCCACGCACCUGCUCAUCCACUCGGACACGAGGCCCUACCCCUGCCAGUACUGCGGCAAGAGGUUCCACCAGAAGUCUGACAUGAAGAAGCACACGUACAUUCACACCGGUGAAAAACCCCACAAAUGCCAAGUGUGCGGCAAAGCGUUCAGCCAGAGCUCCAACUUGAUCACCCACAGCAGGAAGCACACGGGCUUCAAACCGUUUGGAUGUGACAUUUGCUCCAAGGGCUUCCAGCGCAAGGUGGAUCUCCGAAGGCACCACGAGAGCCAGCACAGCAUGAAGUGAACACUCGAGCCUCAAGUGUUUUUAUGUGUACAGUAAAUAUCUUUCAAUAAAACAGAAUAAGCUGA